AUGGACAACGACACUAGUAACUCUUUAUACUGUCGAAAUCGUUGUGGUUCAGGCCGACUGAUGUUCCGAACUGGACUGCAAGGAUGCAGCUGCAGCCGUUCACGACAAGGCAAUAGCUGGGAAAUGAACAGACAAAAUUUGAAUUGCAGAGAGAAUGCCGGAGGACCUAGUCGCGUCGACGCCGCGGACGACGGUCAUCACCGCAGGGUGGGCGCCAGUGGCGACUCCGACGUGGCGGCCGAGUCGCGACCAUCUCCGCCUGAGCCCAGCAAAGUGCUACUUGUGCACGGGCUGGACCGCGUGCCCGUCAACUGCGACAGGGUGUUCAACCUGUUCUGCUUGUACGGGAACGUGAUGACGGUGAAGAUCCUGAGGGACGACAAGGUGCUCGUCGAGAUGGAGGACGCGGAAUCGGCCAGACGGUGUGUGUCCAACUUGCACAUGCUCCGACUGGACGACGAGGUCACCAUGAAAGUCAAGUAUUCUAAGCAUAAUUUCAUCCACGAUCAAGUCAAUUUCAACAAACUGACCGACGGAACGCCAGCUCAAAAAGUUUACUUGUCGAGCACAUUGAACAGAUUUAUCCCAAACGUAUUGAGUCCGGACAAACGUCGUAUCGCCGCCCCGUCCAAAAUAUUACAUUUUUUCAACGCACCGACCGACGUGUGCGGCGUAGCAGUCCACAGGGCCGUAUCUGACGCCCUUUGUCGUACGGACGCAAUACGUUCCAUAACUAUCCUUCCCAAAAAACCGAAAGCCAAGUGUUCGACGGGUUUGAUCGAAUUGAAGAGUAUGGCGCUGGCGGCAAGAACCGUUUUACUGUCGAACCACAUGACGAUUGAAUCGACAGGUGAAUAUGCAUAUUAA